AUGAAUACACUAACGGCGGAUGCAGCAGAAGCCAAUGAAACCCAGCAGCGGAUGGAUUCUGGGGAGUCAGAGAAAAGUAAGCGCGUCUCAAGCGCGGUGCAGUUUCUGCACGACCCUCGUGUGAAGUUCACUCCAGCGGCAAAUAAGAUAAGGUUCCUAAUGACCAAGGGCCUCACGGCAGAGGAGAUGUACGAGGCCUUUGAGAAGGCAGGGCAAACAACCUCAUUAGAUGAAAUCAAAAAUGCAAUGAAUGCUCCAUCGGUUGUGGGGUCUAGAUCGGGGGUUGUAAACGUAGCUGCGGCGCCAGGGAAUAAUGGGGUGGGCAGGGCGGGGUAUCUUCCGCGCCAGGAUCCUUUGCCAACGUACGGUGGGCCGCUUUACGCGCCGCAGCCACCACCUUUGCCGCCCAUGCCUCAAGAGACAAAGGAACUCGACUGGAGGGAUGUUGUUAUUGGCGUGGGCGCCGCAUUACUAACUGGCUUUGGCGCCGUUAAGGCAUUUCAAGCCUACUCCCCGUAUGAAAUUCGACGCAAAGAUGAGAACGCCAUUCUGGGAGCGCGAGGCGAAGUUCGGCGACGGGGCAGAAGGCACGAAGAAGAUGUCCCGUCCGAGCGGAAGGCAGGGGACCGUGUGCCGCCUUCCCACAGCCUGCCACACAACCCGCCUGCAACGCUCCCGCCGCUGCCCGCCGCAGCGACAGCAGAGGCAGUGGUGGCAAAUACUGCUGCUGGUAUUACUGAAUUGGAGGUCCAGGAACUGCGGAUGGAAUUGAAAGAAACCCAAGAGGCCCUGGAAAAGGAAAAGAAGAGCAAAGCAGAGCUUUCACUUAACAACAGCAAGCUACGAGCGCAGUUCACCGCCACUACGAGAAAAAAUGAGAAACUGGAACUCCGAGUCAAAACUCUGCAAGAAGAACUUGACAAGGCAAAAGGCGUGCCAAACAGCCAGACCGAACUGUGCGAGACUGUCACCGGAGCCGCGGCUGCCGUGACAGACCCUCAGCAGGAUGUCGAGUUGCAGCCGAAUGGCCCACGUGUUUCGUCGCCUUCGGAUCCAACGGACGCCCUGGACCACGUCCUGCCUGAGCCGAAGGAAACACCUCUGCCGACAGCCGCGGAAGUCCAAGUGGCAGAACCUCAGCAGGAUGUCGAGUUGCAGCCGAAUGACCCACGUGUUUCGUCGCCUGCGGAUCCAACGGACGCCCUGGACCACGUCCUGCCUGAGCCGAAGGAAACACCUCUGACGACAGCCGCGGAAGGUGUUCAGGGAGUAUCAACUUUCUGA